GAACGGCUGUAGGCAGCUAUACCUAUAACUCUCAAGGUCAAGGAAUCAGCCUACUUAUAAAGCCCUACUACUCGCUGCUGGAGACUCCAGACAAGUCCCCUCCCGCCUUCCCAGCAGUCGAAAACUCCUCCCGGCUCCGACCGAAAAAAAAAAUUCAAAAAUGGCAGCGAAACCUCUCUUCCUCCACCUCCUCCUCCCUCUUCUCGCGGUGGCGACAGCCUUACUUCUUCUACCGGAAAUUUCAUCCGUCGAUGCAGCAUGUAGCAGAAAAAAUGCCACCGAUUUCAUCCGUACAAGCUGUAGCUCAACAUUAUAUCCUGAUCUCUGCUAUACCUCCCUCUCCCGCUACGCCCACUACGUCCGACGGAGCCCCGGCAAGCUGGCUCGAGUGGCUAUCGCCGUUAGCCUCUCCAAAGCCAACCGGACGAGCUUCUACUUGUCCCAACUGUCGCGCCAAGCCGUGACCGGAGGCGAUCAGGGAGCCGCCGCCGUGCUGGAGGACUGCUUAAGCACCUUCGGCGACGCGGUCGACCAGAUGCGGAGUUCGAUGAGGGAGAUGCGGCGUCCGCGUCCCAACUCAAGAGAGUCGUUCGCAUACCGUAUGAGCAACGUGCAGACGUGGAUGAGCGCUGCCCUGACGAAUGAGGACACGUGUACGGACGAGUUCGAGGAUGUGCCUGAUGGGCCAGUGAAAUCCGACGUCUGUAAUCGAGUGGAGUAUGCUACGAAGUUCACGAGUAAUGCGCUUGCUCUGGUGAACUCCUAUGUUGCUUCGGUAACUAAUGCGACGCCUUGUCGCCUUGAUUGACGAUUUCUGGUCGUCUGAUGUAGUGUAGAAGACAUAUACAGUUUUUUUUUUUUUAUUUAUUAUAUUGAAGACGUAUACAGUUUCUACAGUCUACAGUGGAAGUGUGCGAAAUUAGAAGCUUUUAUCUGUCGUUUUGGAAAAUUUGUAAAAAUGGACUAUAUCACUGAAAUAUAUAAUCAAGCUUUUUGUGUUCGUUCU